AUGGUUCUGUCACGGAAAUCCACUUACUUUUUACUUUCUAUGAUUUUACCUGUGUACACACUCUGUUUCCUUAACCCGUUCGUGUUUCUCCUGCCGGCCGCGUCAGGGGAAAGGAUAUCCUACACAAUCACUAUGUUCUUGUCGCUGGCUGUUUAUAUGACACUUGUGGGUGACAACAUGCCAAAGGUAUCGGAGCCAAUGGCAGGGAUUUCCUACUUUCUCCUGGUGGCAAUGUUGUUCAGCUGUCUACUUAUAAUCCUGACGAUAUUCACCCUUCGCUGUGACGCUGUGACAGACGUAACUAACUUUCCCAAAUGCGUCAGGCGACUUGUUUUAAAAGUAAAGAAGAACCGAAAAAACACCAGAAAGCCGAUCACUCGCAAUAGCGUUGAUGUUGAUAGUAUUGAAUUUGGGUCUAAGAAUGUACCAAGUACCUCUGAUGUCAGUACGAUCGAGCUUAAAAAGGAAAACGGAGAGCAAGGCAUCAAUGCUAACGAUAUUGAUGAACCGGACAAAAAGGAUGUCACAAAUUGUAUUGACAUUACCCUGUUUUUCUUUGCAGAAACCGGUCGUGAGAUAUUUGAAGAGGAGAUUAGGCAUUGGACUGUGAGAUGGAACAUUCCAAACACCAUCAAACCUGCUUCUUUACAGGAAACGCCUCCACUAACUAACCGCGAGCUGUACCCUUGUGUCUGGACGAUGCUCGCAAUACUGGUAACCAUGCCAGUCUCCACAUGUUCAGCAGAGCGUUCAUUCAGUUCCCUCCGCAGAGUGAAGACGCACCUACGUCGCACAAUGGGACAGGAACGUCUUUCGUCAUUGUCAAUUCUCCAUAUUCACCGAGAUAUGCCAAUUGAUAUUGAUGCUGCGAUAGAGGAGAUCCUUGCUGCCAAACGUAGGAAAGGACACUUUGGAAUCUAA